AUGUUUGAACAAGAAAUAGCAACAGUAAAGCGAUUAGGAGUCAGAUAUAUCUUACUUCAAGCUCUCAAUUUUGCAUCAGUCAUCUCAACAGCCCUCAUGAUUUGGAAAUCAUUAGCCAUCACUCUCAACACAGAAUCACCCGUCGUCGUCGUCUUAUCAGGAUCAAUGGAACCUGGAUUCUAUCGUGGCGAUUUAUUAUUCUUAUCAUUACCUAUCCAUCGAAACUUAAGUAUUGGUGAAAUCCCAGUCUUUAAUGUACCUGAUGGUAAAAUUCCAAUCGUACAUAGGUUAAUUGAAAAUCAUGAUGAACCUAUUCACUCGAAAUCUAACAUUCAAGAUCGUUGGAUGUUAACAAAAGGUGAUAAUAAUGGGGAAAAUGAUGUAGGACUUUAUAAUGGUUUAAAGUAUCUUAAACGUUCAAAUCUGAUUGGAAAAGUUAAUGGAUAUGUUCCUUAUGUGGGUUAUGUAACGAUUGUGAUGAAUGAUUAUCCGAAAGUGAAAUACGCAUUAUUAGCAGUCUUAGGUCUAACAAUUCUAUUUUCAAGAGAAUAA